GUUGCCGCGUUGCUAGUCCUUCCGCUGAAACAGUGACCAUUCGGAUAAGCCCCCUCCCAUCUCUGACGAACACGAGGGAGAACGAGAAAUCAGAACACAUGGAGUCUACGCUAACCACGAGAUUACCCCUCCUCCCCUCUCCCUCCAAGUCCAGAGCCCUCGCCUAUCCCCCCCUCGCCGGAGCUCGCCGCGUCGCGUCCAUUUCCUUCUCCCCCGGCAGUGUCCACGGCUUCCUGCUCUCCCGCGGCGACGGGGAUGCCGGCGUUACCUCGUCGAUCACCGCCGCCGCCGCCGCGAUCGGCGAUGCGGUGGAUCCCGCAUCAGAGGCCAUAUUGCUCAGUGUCCAGGGCAUGAUGUGCGAUGGGUGCGCUGCCAGUGUGAAGCGGAUUUUGGAGGGUCAACCCGAGGUUACUUCGGCUACAGUUGAUUUUAAAGAAGCAAAGGCUGUUGUGUGGACAACUCCUGAGGUCAAGUUGGCGGAAGAUUGGCAGAAGCAAUGUGGGGAGAAACUUGCAAGUCACCUUGGUACUUGCGGAUUUGAGUCUCAGGCGCAAGGGCAAGGCGAGUCCUAAAUCCUAAUAAAGUCAAUUCCAAGUCUCGCUGAUGCUGCAGUGAGCCAUGACUACCGGCAGAGGGCAUCUGAAUGGACCUCACAGCUCUGUAAUUUUGUACCAGCAUGGCAGCAUCUCUGUGGAAGGUGUUAUGCUUUAGAGUUCUGCAACUGCAGAAUACAACUGCUUUAGCUCUGGUUUAUUAGCAGCGUAGCUUGCCUUGCUCAUGAACUUCUAUUGGAAACAUCCAAUCCCAUGUUGCUGCUGCCGGUGGGUUCGGUCCCCGGGAAUCGGUGUGUAACCUUGUAGGUGACAGAGAAGUUCUAUGGCUGCCGUGAGGUCAGUCUAAAGAAGAUGGCAUCCGUUUUUUAAAAUUUAAACUGAUGUGUUCAGUUAUGACGAGUGUCAUCUUUCAAAUUAAAAAGAUCUUUUGUACUCCGUA